UGUCAAUACAAAUUAUUUGUUUGAAAAGAAAAUAAAAAAAAUAGAUGAAAACAUGAAAAAAAUAUCAAAUUAAGUUAAAGCAGGAAUUAACACUUCACUCUUGUUUACCAUCCAAACAAGUCAGCCACGUACAACUGGACCCACGAAAGCCCUAUAAAGACAGGUAUCACCACGUCAUGAUAACCAAAACCACCGAGUCAGCGUCCCUAUAAAGUCUCCACGACCAUAAAAUCCCGAUUAAUGAAUCGCUUGACUCGCUCACAACUCUCCCUCCUUAACUCACCCGAUUCACACCGAUUUUUCACUACCAUCACUACGAAACUCCCUCUCCGCCACCCCCAAACCACCUUCAAUUUCUCUCACUCAAUCUACUCACGCCGAAAGUUCCCCCAAAUUAUCACCUUUGCUACCAAAAAACCCACAAAUCCUAUAAUUGCCGACCCGAACCGGAAUCCUAUGGAUCCGAACCCUUCUAAAGAGGAUUUUGUUCACAUCGAAAGUCCUAGCAAUAACGAUAAUCAUUUAAGCGAAAGCAUAGUUGAUGUUGCUAAUGAACUUAGCGAGGAUGAUAACAAAAACGACGUCGUGAUGGGGAGGAAGGAGCUACCAGAGGAACUUUCUAGAAGCGUUAUGGUUCUCACGUGCGAGUCGAAAGCUGAAGGUGGCACUUGUGUCGUGCAUUUAGUUGGUACUGCUCAUGUUUCUCAGGAAUCAUGCCGGGAAGUACAAGCUGUAGUCAGUUACUUGAAACCACAGGUUGUAUUUCUGGAAUUGUGUGCGAGUAGAGUGGCUGUGCUUACUCCUCAGAAUUUAAAGGUGCCAACUAUGGGGGAAAUGAUAGAGAUGUGGAAGAAAAAUCAUAACGCAUUUGGAAUUCUUUAUAGCUGGUUUCUUGCCAAGGUUUCUGAUAAGCUUGAAGUUUUUCCUGGUUCUGAGUUCCGGGUAGCAUUUGAAGAAGCGAGAAAGUAUGAGGGUAAGGUAGUACUUGGUGAUCGUCCUGUACAGAUUACUUUGCAGAGGACAUGGGGUAAAAUGCCACUUUGGCAUAAAGUGAAAUUGCUGUACUCGUUACUUUUUCAAGCGUUAUUUUUACCAAGCUCUGAGGAUCUUGACAAAAUGCUAAAAGAAAUGGAUGAUGUUGACAUGCUGACUCUUGUCAUUCAAGAAAUGAGCAAGCAGUUCCCCACUCUAAUGGAUACCCUUGUGCAUGAGCGAGAUCAGUACAUGUCGUCAACGCUACUAAGAAUUGCUAAAGAACACACUUCAGUCGUUGCAGUAGUUGGAAAGGGGCAUUUGCAAGGGAUUAAGAAACAUUGGGGGCAACCUUUUGAGAUGAAGGAUCUUAUGGAAAUUCCUUCACAGAAACCAGCUGUUUCAGCUCGGAAGGUUCUUGCAUCUCUAGGUGUUGCAGUUGCUGGUGUGGCUAUUGUUUCAGGCUUUUACCUUUCACGCAAGAAAUAGUUAUAACCAGUUUCGAUUCGCAUCAGUGGGUCAUUUACGAUGAGGAUACACAGUUUCAUACUCACAAUUCACAAUAUUCUUUCGAAGUUUGUUUGACUUGUCACAACAAAUAAGGACAUAACGAAUGAAUAGUCCUGCUAGGGUUCAUGUAUACGUACUUGUAACUAAUUGACAGUUGAUUUUAUACAGUUCUUUUAUGGGAGUUCAUCCUACAAAAGAAAUUAUAUUAUAAA